GGGGCAGAGUGAGAGCUCUUCCGGUGGAGAAAUUCAAAGACGCAAGUGGAGAAGGACAAAUGUACAAAUCUUUGAGACUGUUGAGCAGAGUGAGAGCUGCUGCCGCCUGUGUGCGGCACCACUCUUCUCUCACAGCUGACCUGAUGGAAAACAUGGAUAAGAAAGCAACCUGGGACCGUUUCUACACUGAGAACAACGGUCGGACACCCACCUUCAAAAACUUUGAGUGGUUCUUUGGCUUUGAGGCCGUGCAGGACUUCAUUAUGCCCCUCCUGCAGCACAAGUGUGAUCCAGGUGCUCUGCUCCGUGUCCUGGACGUGGGCUGUGGCACCUCAGCACUUGGGCCUUGCAUUUACAGACACUCUCCCGUGCCGGUGCAGGUCACCUGUGCGGACAUAUCGCCCGUAGCGGUACGACUCAUGAAGGAGCACGUUGAAGCGAAAGCGAUUCAACCUCAAAGUGUUUCUUCUCGGCUGGAGUUUGUGGAGCUGGACUGCACACAUCUUCUCCAGCACGUCGGUUCUGGCAGCGUGGACCUGGUCAUCGACAAGGGCACCAUAGACGCCUUGUUGAGGUCGAAGGAGGGGAAGGGGAAGGCCGGCCUGGUGCUGAGGCAGUGUUUGAAGGUGCUGCGAGGAUCGGGGUCUCUGCUCCAGUUCUCUGAUGAGGACCCUGAUGCCCGGCUGCUGUGGCUGGAGACGGAGGCCCGGGAGCCGGGGACCAUGGCAGCAGAGGUUGGCAUGCAGGAGGUUGGAGAAUUAAGGGGAAUGUAUUAUUACUGCUACCAAGUGACUCCUCGCUCCAUUAAACAUCAGUGACUUUUCACCUCUGGAUGUUCAUAAACCCAAAUGAAUAAAUUAUUGAAAAUCAUUGUUAAAAGAGAAUAUAUGUUUUUAUUCCUGACUCAAUUAUGCCAAAUAAUUCACUUCAGAAAAUCUAUAUGUCUCAACCAUGGUCUCAACUCAGCAAACCUGGUAACUGCUGCCAUCUAGUGGCCAUCAGACCAACCCAUUCAGGAUGCCAGAAAGAUCUCGGUGUUCUCAAGAUGAAAUAAGGAAAGUGGCGAAAAAGACUGAAAAAACUUUGAUUUCACGUAGGUUGAGAAAACAGAUUUAACUGCCUUCUUUUGUGAAAAUCUGAGAUUUUUUAUUGUUCAAUUGUUAUUAUAAAUCUGUAUCACUACAUAUUUCAA